UAAGAGCAUCACACCACCAUCUAGCCAGUGCAGCCAGCGCAGAAUUAGCAAUCAAAUAACAAGAAUUGGGAGGACGGGAAAGUUUCAGCCUGAGCUAGCAAACCAUAAAGGAAAGAGACAACCAACUUCUAACAAAGCGCUGGUUAAGCAAGGUGCUGAAGCUAAAACUCCUUUGAAAGCGAAGGCUCUUGUAAAAGAAGCGUUCUCUCUGUGUGGAGAUGUCCCUGGCAGUGAAAGACAAGACCCAGGUGCGCCUGGUGUUCCUUGGGGCGGCCGGGGUGGGGAAGACAGCCCUGAUCCAGCGCUUCCUCCAGGACACCUUCGAGACCAAGCACAGGAGGACGGUGGAGGAGCUCCACAGCAAGGAGUACGAGAUCAGCGGGGUGACGAUCACCAUCGAGAUCAUGGACACCAGCGGCAGCUACUCCUUCCCGGCCAUGAGGAAGCUGUGCAUCCAGAACAGCGACGCCUUCGCCCUCGUCUACGCCAUCGACGACACCCAGUCCCUGGAGGUGGUCAAGAGCCUGCGGGACGAGAUCCUGGAGCUCAAGGAGGACAAGUUCACGCCCAUCGUGGUGGUGGGAAACAAGAUGGACCGGGAGGAGGGGAGGCAGGUGCCCAGCGAGGCUGUGCUGUCCACUGUGGAGCUCGACUGGAACAACCGCUUCCUGGAAGCUUCGGCCAAGGACAACGAGAACGUGGUGGAGGUGUUCAGUGAGCUCCUGCAGCAGGCCAACCUGCCCAGCCGCCUGAGCCCAGCGCUAAGGCGCCGGAGGGAGACCUUCCCCAAGGACAGCAGCUCCCGGCCGCCCAUGAACAAGACCAACAGCUGCAGCAUCUCCUAAUGCAGCGCCUUGCGGAGCUGCAGCGAGGGUGAUCAACUGCAACAGCUGACAGGACAGCCUGCCCACAGUGACUUUAACUGAUGGUGUUGCAAGGACAGGGCAUUGAGGAAGGACGGGAUAAAGGCAUUGCUUCAUUCACAGUGUGAUGAGCUUUGCCUGGUGAUGUGUUUGAGGGUGAAGCUGUGUGCGAGAUCAAACAAAUACGUAAGAGUUGUAUUUUUUGUUUUUUUUAAGUCUCCAUGUUAUCGGAGCAUUUGUUUUUAUCAGUUUCUUUGUAGCAGUGCUAAGGUGGCACCCGAGGUGUUGAGUCUUUUAAAAUGUGUAACAGGAGGAUUAUGCAGGACUGUGUACUAUGUGUGUAUUUUAUGUUGCAUUUCCUUGUGUAAAAAGCUUACUUUAAAAGAGAAUGCAGUACAUUUCUUAAAACUGUGAAUGCCACAUGCUGUAAUUUCUCAGAGCCACUACAGGACAGUGCAUGAAUUGAGUUUACACGUCAAUGUUGUUUAUAUCAGUCUGUGUGCUGUUAGCUUUGCACUGUUUGUUUGAGCUGCAGUGCUGGAGAAGCUGAGCACAGCCAGUGUGGUGCGUGUCAGCAGUAUUUACAAGGUCUUUGAUUCUUUU